GCUCGUGCAAAUCAGACGCCGUGCUGUUCCUUUCCUCAGAAGCUAGCCGCCCGUGCGACAUCGCAACCGUCAGGUCACUCCCGCGCGUCCACACUCAAAGACCCACAUCACCCAUGGAGCUGGUAGAGUCCUCACAGGGAAACACCGCAGUUACCUCCAGGCUUGUUGGAGGAGAAACAAAUGAGCCAGUCUUUAGGCUGAAUCUUCCAGCAGGAUUCAGCGUCGUGGUGGACGACGUGGACACGGGCAGCCACGAGCAGCUGCAGCUGGAGGCCGAGGAGCGCCUGGAGCCGCAGCCGCAGCCGCGCGCCAAGACGCCCGAGGGCGAGGACGCCCCCGCACCGGAGGAGCAGCCGCCAGACGCCCGCAUCCGCCAGAUACAGGUGGAAGCUGAGAGCCGCAAGAGCGAGUUCGCACGGCUGCUGGAGGAGCACGCGCAGGUGGUGAUGCAGCUGAAGCAGAUGGAGAGCGACGAGGCGGUGUUGGCGCCCCCUGCCACCACCACCAGCGCCUAGGCGCCACCAAGGCACCAGCCGCCGGCCACAGCCGCCACAGGCCUACGACGGCGAUCCGUCAUUUCUCUCGCACCGUCAUUCCUCCUCCACCUAACCCUCCCCUAUGUCCUCUUCCUCAGGGACGUGAACGAACCAGCUGUCGCACCACAGGGCCGAAUUUUCUUCGU